AUGUCGACCCCAAAAGAGAAAACCUUUGAAUCACUGGGCAUUAUUGAACCUUUAUGUAAAGCGUGUGAACAAUGCAAGUAUAAAACACCUACGGAAAUACAAGCAGAAGCUAUCCCUUGGGCAUUACAAGGAAGGGAUGUAAUUGGACUGGCACAAACUGGAUCAGGUAAAACAGCAGCAUUCGCUUUACCUAUCUUGCAAGCAUUAUGGGAAGCACCACAAGGAUUAUUUGCUUGUAUAUUAGCACCAACCAGGGAACUGGCGUUUCAAAUAUCAGAAAUGUUUGAAUCUUUGGGAUCUGUAAUAGGGGUUCGAUGUGCAGUUAUAAUCGGUGGCAUGGAUAUGAUGUCGCAAGCAAUUGCUUUGUCUAAAAAACCACAUAUCAUUAUAGCUACACCUGGAAGACUUCAGGAUCACUUAGAAAAUACAAAAGGAUUUAGUUUAAAAAAUUUAAAAUAUUUGGUUAUGGAUGAAGCUGAUAAAUUGUUGGAUAUGGAUUUUGGUCCAAUAAUUGACAAGUUAUUAAAGGUUAUUCCUAAAGAGAGACAUACAUUUCUUUUUUCGGCUACCAUGACUACGAAAGUAGCAAAAUUACAAAGAGCUUCAUUAAUGAAUCCAGUAAAGAUCGAAGUUUCCUCAAAAUACUCUACGGUGUCCACGUUACUCCAAUAUUAUUUAUUCUUUCCAUUCAAACAUAAAGAUUGUUAUCUUGUUUAUUUAUGUAACGAAUUGGCUGGUAAUUCAUUGAUCAUAUUUACCAGAACAUGUAAUGAUACACAAAGACUGGCAUUGUUGUUACGUAAUAUGGGAUUUCCCGCGAUUCCAUUACAUGGACAAUUAUCACAGGCAAAAAGAUUGGGUUCUUUGAAUAAAUUUAAAGCAGGAAGUCGAAAUAUUUUGGUAGCCACAGAUGUUGCGUCAAGAGGGCUUGAUAUACCUCUGGUGGAUGUAGUGAUUAAUUUUGAUAUACCAGCAAAUAGUAAAGAUUAUAUACAUAGAGUUGGAAGAACGGCAAGAGCAGGUAGAUCCGGUAAAUCCAUCACAUUAGUAACGCAAUAUGAUGUCGAAUUAUAUCAAAGAAUCGAACAUGUUAUUGGUAAAAAAAUGGAUGUAUUUCCAAUUGAUAGUAAAGAUGAUGUGAUGUUAUUACAAGAAAGGGUUAGCGAAGCUCAAAGAAUGAGACAAAGAAGAUAG